AUGACCAAGUCCCACGCCCUUCACAACACGAGUACACUGCCAACUACAAUGAGAGACCUUUCGAAAGAAGAAGUAAGCACAGAUCAUUGUGCCGACCACCCUGGAGAAUUCAUCAAGUACUUUUGUCCGACCCAUCAGGCUCUUAACUGUGGACAUUGCUCGAUUCUUGAGCAUCAAUCAUGUAAACAGCAGAUCAUUUCUGAAAUUGCAAAAGCCUUUAAAGAUGGUACGGGUUAUGAAGCCAUUAAAGAUGUCCUUGUGCAGUUACUGAAUGACAUUGAUACCUGUCUGUUUGAAGUUGAGGACAACAUAAAGCUAGUAGAAAAGCUUUGUAAAAGUGAGAUGUCGAAGUUAAGCGAGUAUCGCGACAAGGUCAACAAAUACUUCAAUGAACGUGAAAAAGCACUUCUGAACAGUGUUACCAAGAUGCAGAACAUGGAUGAAAGACUGCUGAACACCAUUAAACCGAACUGUCACAACCUGAAGUCACAGGUUAUUGAAAUCAAAACAAAACUAGAAGCGCAAGAGAACAAUGACAGCCAGUUAUUUAUAGAGGCUCAUAAGGCUAAGAACAUGCUGGACGGAUUGAAAUCAACUCUGGCCAAGCUUAACAAGGAGAAGGUCAUUCACCAAUACCAGUUUAGAAAGGACCCCUCCACUGAGAGUUUGCUGGCCUCCAUAACUGGCCUUGGUACUUUUGAAAUAUUGGAUGAUGCAAAAGCUAUCGACCACGGAUGUGAGCAGACAAGUUCCACUACGCAAGACAAAGACACAAAUAAUUCUUCUGAUGCUGCUACCGAACAAGCAGUUGGGGGCAUCCUGGCUGCCCAAACUCCGAAGGUCGAAGCUAAUACACCGGAAGUUAACGCCAUCCCAGUCAGAUCUCCAUCUGACAGCAGUGACUGCUGCCUGGCCAGCAUGCUCCUCCUGCCAGGCGACAGGCUGCUACUGUCUGACGGUCACAACGACAACGUUAAGCUGGUGGAUCUAAAGAGCAGCAGUUUGGUGUCGCAGAUCACACUGCCAGGUUGGCCAUGUGGUAUGUGCCUUCUCCCUGAGGACAGGGUGGCUGUCGGUUUUCGCUCUGGUAGUAUUAGUUUCCUGGAUACACAGGGACAAAUCUCCCUGGCAAAGAGCAUCAAGGUGGAUGUUGAAUGUCGAGGUGUUGGUUACUACAAUGAUAGCAUUAUUGUUUUGUACCUCAGCGGGAAUAUGGAGAAGAGGAAUAUGAAAGGGAAAUUAUUGAAGAUGGUUUCAAACCAGUUUGAAUAUGCUUGUAACUUGACAGUGGUCAGUGAAGGUGAGAGAGCCUUCAUCUAUGUGUCAGACUACUGCAAACACACUAUCACAAAGCUCGACAUGGACCUGAACAUCCUGAAGACAUUCCAGGACCCUGCAUUGAGAUCACCAAUGGGUACCACUGCCGUGGGAAACAAGCUACUUAUUUGUGGUGUGCAAAGUAACAACAUUAUGUGCUUGGACCUGCCCAGCGGCCAGAUGACCCAGCUGUUGGGUGAGAAGAAUAGGUUAAUGGCGCCACGAUGUGUCUGCUACAAGAAGCAACAGAACAAGCUCUUCAUUACCUGCUGCACAUAUCUGGUUACAGAUCUAGACGAUUAUGUAAAGGUGUUUCACACAGCAUGA